AUGUCGAAUAAUAAUAAACAUUUUCCAUUACCUUAAACAUUCGAUUAAGAAAAUAUCCCAACAAUAUCUAAGGUGUAAUAUCCUUCCUUUGAACUCUAAGAUUAGAAUUAAAUGGCUUAUAAUUAAUAUGCUCAACCUAUUUAAUAAGGAUAUCCAAUCUAAUACUCUCCAACAUUUUAAAAUUCUUAAAUAUCAAUCCAAUCGAAUUCUUCAGUUGUUGUGAGUUGCUAUUAUUGUCAAAAACAGGUUCAAACCAUUGUUUCCUACGAAGCCGGAGCAGGAGCCUAUUUAGUUGGAGGAGUCCUGGCUGCUUUAGGACUAUGGUUUGGUUGUUGUUUGAUUCCUUGUUAUUUGAAAGAUUGUCAGGAUUCAGUUCACUUCUGCUCCUAAUGUUCUGCCUAAUUGGGAAGAAAAAAGUUUAUAUUUUGAAACAGCUAUCAUUAUCCCAUAAUCAUAUCAUAAUAAAACUC